CGGCCGCGGCCUGUCACCAGCCAGACGCGGCGCAACAACAGUGCUAGUCGGUGCCGCCAUGUGGUCGUGUUUGGUAUUUCUGACUGCCCUGGUGCCCGCCUGGGCCCUGCACACACCGCUCGGUCGAUUUUUCCCGCCGGCGCCGCCUCACCGAGUCGAUGCCGCCGCUGGACGGCCGCUCUUUCUCACGCCGUACAUUCAGAACGGCAAGAUGCAGGAAGGACGCAAGUUGAGUCGGGUCACCGACCUCCAGACGGACGUUGACAGCUACGCCGGCCUCCUCACCGUCAACGCCACGCACAACUCCAACAUGUUCUUCUGGUUCUUCCCGGCCAAGAACCACGCGGCCGACGCACCCGUCGUCCUCUGGCUGCAGGGAGGACCCGGCGGCUCCAGCAUGUUCGGUCUCUUCGUCGAGAACGGUCCGUUCAGCGUCGACGCCAAGAUGAGACUGCACCCGCGCGACUUCAGCUGGCACAACACACACAGCAUGUUGUACAUCGACAACCCGGUCGGCACCGGCUUCAGCUUCACGAAGAGCGACGACGGCUACGCCAACAACGAGGAAGACGUCGCCCGGGACCUGUACUCGGCGCUAGCGCAGUUUUUCACCCUCUUCGACAGCUACCAGGGUAACGACUUCUACAUCACGGGCGAGUCGUACGCUGGCAAGUACGUGCCGGCCAUCUCCUACAAGAUUCACCAGGAGAACCCCUCGGCCAAGCUGAAGAUCAAUCUGAAGGGCAUGGCCAUCGGAGACGGUAUAUGCGAUCCUAUCGACCAGCUGGACUACGGUCACUUCCUCUACAACGUCGGUCUGAUCACGGCUCGGGACAGGGACAUGUUCAUCCACCAGCAGAACAUCACAGCACAAUACAUUCUCCAGGGUGACUACGUCAUGGCCUCCCGGACCUUCGACAAAGCCAUGGAAGAAUACACCAGUAUUACCGGACUGGGCUUCGUCUACAACUAUCUUUUGCAGAGCGCGCCUACCGAUUUCUCCUACUAUCCUGCCUUCCUCACCUCCACAGCGACGAGAGGAGCCAUCCACGUCGGCAGCUUGGUCUACAACAAUGGCGAAGAGGUCUCCGAGCAUCUGGAGGGAGAUAUUAUGCGCACCAUUCGCGGCAAAAUCGUCACCCUCCUCGACAACGACUACAACGUCAUGAUCUACAACGGCCAAAUGGACGUCAUCAUCGACUACAUCGGCACCGAGAACUUUGUGCGGAAGCUGCCGUGGAAGGGCCAGCAGAAGUUCAUCAACUCGACGCGUCACAUAUGGCGCGUGGACGGCGAGGUGGCCGGCUACGAGCGACACGCCGGCGCCCUGACCCAGGUCAUGGUGCGAAACGCCGGCCACAUUCUGCCCUUCGACCAGCCCAAGUGGGCCUACGACAUGAUCAGCCGCUUCACCUCCGAGAAGAGGUUCUAAGAAAUGAGAUUCAUAUGCAUCACAAAAAUGUUACAACGUCCGCAACGUACGUUACCAGUCCCGUGUUCAAUGUAACAAUGGAGCAUGCACAGGAAUAAACCUGCUCAAACAUUUAA